CCUCAGCGCAGCUCAGUUCUCUCUGCAUCACAAACCAACAUGAAGCUGGUCAUCCUCCUCGCCCUGGUGGCUGUUGCCGCCGCCAGCUACCUUCCCUACCACGGCAGCAACUACUACUACAGCCGGCCCUACUACUAUGACAACUACUACAGCCGGCCCUACUACUAUGACAACUACUACUCCCCCUACGGACGGGGUUUCCAGGGAAACUUCGGCUUCAAUAACUUCGGCGCCUUCGGCGGUGGCUUCGGUGGCUUCGGUGGCUUUGGAAGCAUCGGCAACAAACUCGGCUUCGGUCUCGGCUACGGCCGCGGUUUCAGUGGCAUUGGAGCCUUCAACAGCUUCGGCCUCGGCCGUCUCGGUGCCUUCAACGGCGGCUUCGGCCUAGGACGUGUCGGCGCUUUCAACGGCGGCUUCGGACGGUACGGAGGGUACGGAGGCUACUUCUAAGCCGCUCCGUAAAACGACAGACCACACUUCAGAUUCUUGAACGAUGUUGAUCUUGUUCGUUUGUUCGUAUGUCUCGUUAUUGCAUGUCCAUUGCAUAUGACCUAUAUUGUAUGCAUGCAGUAUGUGUGUGAGUCCUAAUGUGUUCAUGUGCAUUCCCGAGAAUAAAUGUUGAA